GGAAUUUCGAAAACACGUCAUCUGUCACAUGCGACAGCGAUAUUUUUUUCCACUUUCUCAUCGCGAUCGCGGUCGCGGGUGAAAAACGUGAAAAAUUGCAGUGAAAAUAAGGUUUCAGUGGUGUAUUGAGUGUUCUGUGUGGCCGUGCAGGUGAAUCUGUGCAAUUGACAACGAUGUUCAGUUGGCUGAGGCGCGAAAAGGCCACCCAGGAGGUGGUUGACAAUGUCGUGGGGGCUCUCAAGAAGAUCUACAGGGGCAAACUGUUGCCCCUGGAGGAGUACUAUGGCUUCCACGACUACCAUUCGCCCAAGCUCGAAGAUCCCGACUUCGAUGCUAAACCCAUGAUUCUGCUGGUUGGUCAGUAUUCCACGGGGAAGACCACAUUUAUCCGAUACUUGUUGGAGAGAGAUUUUCCGGGUAUACGUAUUGGGCCAGAGCCCACGACAGAUAGAUUCAUUGCGGUGAUGUGGGAUGAGAAGGAGGGUGUUAUUCCGGGAAAUGCCCUUGUGGUGGAUCCCAAGAAGCAAUUCCGUCCACUCAGCAAGUACGGAAAUGCCUUUCUCAAUCGCUUCCAGUGCUCUUCACUGCCCAGUCCAGUGCUCCAGGCCAUCUCUAUCGUUGAUACACCUGGUAUCCUGUCGGGAGAGAAGCAGCGCAUCGACAGGGGAUACGAUUUUACGGGAGUUCUUGAGUGGUUUGCUGAGCGUGUGGAUAGGAUUAUUCUGUUGUUUGAUGCCCACAAAUUGGAUAUCAGUGAUGAGUUCAGGAGGUCCAUUGAAGCUCUCAAGGGGCACGAUGACAAAAUCCGCAUUAUUCUCAAUAAAGCGGACAUGGUGGACCAUCAGCAAUUGAUGAGGGUUUAUGGGGCACUCAUGUGGUCCCUGGGGAAGGUACUCCAGACACCCGAAGUGGCUCGGGUGUACAUUGGAUCCUUCUGGGAUCAACCACUUCGCUAUGAUAUGAAUCGUCGGCUAUUUGAGGAUGAAGAGCAGGAUUUGUUCAGAGAUCUUCAAUCUCUGCCACGCAAUGCUGCCCUGAGGAAGCUCAAUGACCUGAUAAAGCGUGCCCGACUGGCCAAAGUUCAUGCCUACAUCAUAGCUGAGUUGCGCAAGGAGAUGCCCACGGUGUUCGGGAAGGAGAACAAGAAGAACUCCCUGAUUAAGAAUCUAGGUCAGAUUUAUGACAAAAUCCAGCGAGAGCAUCAAAUCUCGCCGGGUGACUUCCCAGACAUCAAAAAAAUGCAGGAAUCCCUGCAGCAUCAGGACUUCACCAAAUUCCACUCCCUCAAGAUGCACCUCCUGGACGUGGUGGAUCAAAUGCUGGCCACAGACAUUGCCAAACUCAUGGAGAUGAUUCCCCAUGAAGAGAGCAACUUGGUAUCCGAAACCAUUGUCAAAGGCGGUGCCUUCGAGGGUAUCGGCGAGGACACUCUAUCACCGUUUGGCUAUCGCAAGGGUGAAGGAAUCGAUGCUGGUUCUGGUGAAUUAGAUUGGAUAUGCAAUCGAGAUCGUGCCCGAACUGAUGCAAUCUUUGAGAGAUUGGGUCCAAUUGAUGGCAAAAUUUCUGGCGGAACCGCAAAGCCUGAAUUGAUUAAAUCGAAGCUCCCGAAUACUGUGCUGAGCAAAAUAUGGAAAUUGUCUGAUGUUGAUGCCGAUGGAUUUCUCGAUGCGGAAGAAUUUGCUCUGGCUAUGCACUUGAUCAAUGUGAAAUUGGAUGGUCAUGAGUUGCCAGAUGUGCUACCGUCUCAUCUUAUUCCACCUUCCAAGAGGUACAACAAUGGCGAGUAGUUUGGAUUAAUUUGUACAUUUUUCCAUUUAAUGUGGUAAGUUUUUGUUUUUCUGAUGAAGACAUUUCACAAAGAGAAACACACACAACACAUACACAAAUUAAUUCUUAGGGACUUUUUGGCAACACUUAAAGACAAAAAGGUAAAAAAAACACGAAAAGAGCGUUGAUAUAUUUUUAUACGGACAAAUAUCAUGAAUAAAACGUAAAAGAUAUCGUUUAAUGUCUGUUGAAUUUUUUUUCAGUUUUUUUUAAAACACAAUUUCAUAAAUUUCCAUUGAACACAAGAGUUAAAAUAUUUAUAAUAUUAUUAAAAUAAAUUUAUAUCGUGUAUAAAAUAAUGUAAUUUAGACCGGAUGAAGAAAAAAAGUAUAUGCGAAUGACGAUGAUAAAAGUGUUAAAAGAAAUGAAAAAGGAACUGCCAGAACAAAAUUGAUAGAAUCGAAUCGCGUUAAGGAAGAGAAAAAACAUUUUUUUUUUUAUUUCGAAAAGUAUACAAAAUCACUAUUCGUGUAGCUUUUGUAUAGAUAGAACAUCAAGAACGAUGAGAACAAAAAAAAAAAGAAA